AUGCCACGGCAGAGCUUGUACGAUAUUCUAGGGGUGAAUGCGGAUGCUUCGGCGGACGAGAUCAAGAGAGCUUAUCGUAAGCUGGCAAAGAAGUAUCAUCCGGACGUGAAUAAGAGUGAGGAUGCUGAAACUAAGCUUAAGGAGAUCAACUCAGCCUAUGAGAUUCUUAGUGAUAAGGACAAGCGGCGGAAGUAUGAUCAGUUUGGAACUAUGGAUGAGUUGGGUGCCGGAGGGGAAGGGCAUUCACCUUGGGACAUUUUUGACAUGUUUGAUGGAUUCGCUUCUGCUUUUGGACAGAAUUUUAGACAGGAUCAUGUGACCAAAACCAUGAAGGGAGUGUUGGAAAUCAGCUUCAUGGAAGCCAUCAGAGGUACUGAGAAGAGAUAUACAUACGUUAAUUCCUUUGUUUGUGAUGAAUGUGGUGGGUGUGGAGCCUUUAAAGGUGAUUCACAGUAUCUAAAUAUUUGUUCUUUGUGUCGCGGCAGUGGUCAUGUGAAAAUACACGUUGGAUUUGUGGAAUUCAAUCAACAUUGUAAGCAAUGUAGAGGAACCGGUAAGACGGUUACUAAGAAAUGUAGUGGAUGUAAGGGACAGGGAAUUAAAAAGAAAAACAAGACAGCAACUAUUAAGAUACCCCCAGGUAUAGAAAAUGAGAAGGUUUUGAGCAUUACGGAUGAUUCGGGUUCGGAGAAAAUUAAGAUAUACAUAAUGGUUCAGGUGGGUUCGUCACCUAUCUUUACCAGAAGAGGAAUUGAUAUCUAUACCAAGGUUUAUGUCAAUCCAUUUAGGGCUAUGUUUGGGGGAACUGUACAUGUUCCUACCCUCGAUGGUGUUAAAGAGGUUAAAAUUCCCGCAGACACCCAAUCUGGGGUGGUCAUGAAGAUUGCGGGGGGUGGAGUUAGGAUUUCUGCACAUCGAAAAGGUGAUUUAUUUUUCAAAAUAUUUUUCGCGGAAUCUCCCGCUUUAUCUCUUAAACAAAAGGAAAUGCUUAAGAAACUUGCCGAUAUAGAGCUGGAUCAGAGUAAGAAAUGA